GUUAGCUAGACACAUAUCUGUAUAUGGAGGUUAGCGGGACACAUAUCUGUAUAUGGAGGUUAGCUAGACACAUCUGUAUAUGGAGGAUAACGGGACACACAUCUGUAUAUGGAGGUUAACGGGACACAUAUCUGUAAAUGGAGGUUAACGGGACACAUAUCUGUAUAUGGAGGUGAACGGGACACAUAUCUGUAAAUGGAGGUUAACGGGACACAUAUCUGUAUAUGGAGGUGAACGGGACACAUAUCUGUAUAUGGAGGUUAACGGGACACAUAUCUGUAUAUGGAGGUUAACGGGACACACAUCUGUAUAUGGCGGUUAAUGGGACACAUCUGUAAAUAGAGGAUAACGGGACACACAUCUGUAAAUGGAGGUUAACGGGACACAUCUGUAAAUAGAGGAUAACGGGACACAUCUGUAUAUGGAGGUUAACGGGACACAUAUCUGUAAAUGGAGGUUAACGGGACACACAUCUGUAUAUGGAGGUUAACGGGACACAUAUCUGUAAAUGGAGGUUAACGGGACACAUAUCUGUAUAUGGAGGUGAACGGGACACAUAUCUGUAAAUGGAGGUUAACGGGACACAUAUCUGUAUAUGGAGGUUAACGGGACACACAUCUGUAUAUGGAGGUUAACGGGACACACAUCUGUAAAUGGAGGUUAACGGGACACAUAUCUGUAUAUGGAGGUUAACGGGACACACAUCUGUAAAUGGAGGUUAACGGGACACAUAUCUGUAUAUGGCGGUUAACGGGACACACAUCUGUAAAUGGAGGUUAACGGGACACACAUCUGUAAAUGGAGGUUAACUGGACACAUAUCUGUAUAUGGAGGUUAACGGGACACACAUCUGUAUAUGGAGGUUAACUGGACACAUAUCUGUAAAUGGAGGUUAACGGGACACACAUCUGUAAAUGGAGGUUAACGGGACACACAUCUGUAAAUGGAGGUUAACUGGACACAUAUCUGUAAAUGGAGGUUAACGGGACACAUCUGUAAAUAGAGGAUAACGGGACACACAUCUGUAAAUGGAGGUUAACGGGACACAUCUGUAAAUAGAGGAUAACGGGACACAUCUGUAUAUGGAGGUUAACGGGACACAUCUGUAUAUGGAGGUUAACGGGACACACAUCUGUAAAUAGAGGAUAACGGGACACACAUCUGUAAAUGGAGGUUAACUGGACAAAUAUCUGUAUAUGGAGGUUAAUGGGACACAUCUGUAAAUGGAGGUUAACGGGACACACAUCUGUAAAUGGAGGUUAACAGGACAUGUGUAAAUGGAGGUUAAUGGGACAUGUGUAAAUGGAGGUUAAUGGGACACAUAUCUGUGUAUGAAGGUUAACGGGACACGUCUGUAUAUGGAGGUUAAUGGGACACAUAUCUGUGUAUGAAGGUUAACGGGACACGUCUGUAUAUGGAGGUUAACGGGACACGCAUCUGUGUAUCUCUUCAGGUUGAUCUCAGGACCUCUAUUGAUCUCUGAUCAGAGCUGAAACCAGGACAGAAAUCACAUCUGGUUAUUUUCAGGCUGAACGACAACACACGAUUUAUAUCUCAAUAUUUUCUACAUGUUCACAAACAUGUUGAUAAAAACACACUGAGAUCAAAAUAAAAUACAGAGACGGGGAUUUUAUUCUAUUAUCUAUUUUAUUUUGAAAAUAUACAGCUGCAAAACAUGUAAAUGAACUAUGAUAGAAAAUAAACAGCAAGACAGUACAUUAACUUUUUGUUUUAUUAUAAUAAUUUACUUAUUUUUAAAUGGAUAACAGGGCUGUAUGUUCACUUUUACUUAAUUUAUUUGUAUUUAUUUUUAAAUAUUUAACGGCUGUACGUCAACUUUUUAUUUGUUUAUUUUAUAUAGUUUUAAAAUCAUGUGUGAGAGGAUGAACUGAUGGAUCGUGUGUGAGAGGAUGAACUGAUGGGUCAUGUGUGAGAGGAUGAACUGAUGGGUCGUGUGUGAGAGGAUGAACUGAUGGGUCAUGUGUGAGAGGAUGAACUGAUGGGUCGUGUGUGAGAGGAUGAACUGAUGGAUCGUGUGUGAGAGGAUGAACUGAUGGGUCAUGUUGUCCUCAGACGGUCCUUAUGGUAUCUUUGCGGGUCGGGACGCGUCCAGAGGACUCGCCACCUUCUGCCUGGAGAAGGAUGCCCUGAGGGACGAGUACGACGACCUGUCAGACCUCAACGCCGUCCAGAUGGAGAGCGUGAGGGAGUGGGAGAUGCAGUUUAUGGAAAAAUACGAUUACGUGGGCCGGUUGCUGAAGCCGGGCGACGAGCCGUCGGAGUACACGGACGAAGAGGACAUCAAGGACCACCUGAAGCACGACUGAGGUUCAUCACACCGACCAAAGCCAGGAGCCCCAAACAGCUGCGACAGACGGCCCCCGGCCCCCCACACCUCCUUCUGACACUCCUGUAACCUGCCCCGCCCCCCUACUCCUCAACCUGUCCGCUGCCGUGGCGCCUCUGAAGGGCGGGACUCCCAGACCUCCGCCCCUCUCCCUCCCUCUUCAUCUUGUGACCAUGACCACCAACAGGAAGUCAGGGGGGAGGGGCUUGUGCCAUUAGACCAAUCUGAAACUCACCCACCAAAUCUCUUAGUCAUUUCUCUGGGGGGUGUCGGGGGGGACGUAUGGUGAUGGUGGUCGCCGCUGAGCACCAGGUGGAGGUUGGUCAGACGUAGGAACACGUUGGUGGAAGACGAUGGGACAGGAAGCAGAUUGUCUCUUUUAUCUUUGGUUUUGUCACAUGAUUGCAACUGAAACUGCUUCAGCUUGGGACGGCGCAUCAAUCAAUCAUUUCUCUUCUUCUUUCAAUACCCCCUCCUCCCCCUCCCUCCUCAGCGAGAGGGCGGAGCUGCAGCCUCAGACGCAGCGCCGUGGAGACGGGCGGGGCCUUUUCCUGUUGUGUUUGUAGUGACAUCACUACUAGUUCUCUUUGUUUGUCACCAUGUGAUUGUAUCUGUGGAGUAGCAUAGAGGGGGAGGGGUGGGGGGAGGGGUCAGAGGUCCUCGCCAUAUGAAACCUGUUGAUGAAUGACAUCAUACGGACUGAACACAAAGGGAAGGUGACCAUAAGGCAGUCCCAAUCAAUCCACUCAUUUGUUUACACGCCUCCUGACGAGCGAAACGCCCCCAAAAAAGGUCCAAGUAUUAAUCGUGCCUUAUUUAGUUUGUCGUGUCAGUGCUGAGCGUCAGAGAGGAGGUGGGCGGGGCGAAGGGAUGGAGGCGGCACUCCCCCAGACUCACUUCACCACCUGUAAAUAUUCCGUAUGAAUUCUCAGUGUUACUGCCAUAUUUCUGUCGGUGAUGAACUCCAUCGUGUAACUGCGACGUCGUAUCGGCCAAAACCCCAAAAAUGGUUUGCGUUUUUUCUUUGGUUCUUUUUAAAUGUGGGUGAAUCUCCAAAAAAUAAAAAAUAACAAAGAGGGCGGAGCUCAGAGCGGCAGGGCGGGACCGGGAGCUUAUCUGUAAAUAUAUCUAUCAUUUUAUUAAAGCAUGUGCAACAACAGUGAGCUAUGCCGACUCUCCACCACGUCAUGUAUUUAAAUGUUGGCUCUGUGUGUGUGUGUGUGUGUGUGUGUGUGUGUGUGUGUGUGUGUGUGAGACAGAGGCAGGAAGGGAUUUGUUCAUGCAUAAUAAAUCAAUUUGGUUAAUAACUGAAGCCGUCUGGCGUUUCUUUGAUCUGAGAGGCAGCUUUGAAAAAUGUUUCUUUAAGAGGUUUAAACAGGAAGUGACGACGCAGAGACGCAGACGGACACACCAGCACCAGCUCAGCUCAUUCAGCCUGUCACCAGAGCAGAUCAUUCAGCCUGUCACCAGAUCAGAUCAUUCAGCCUGUCAACAGAUCAGAUCAUUCAGCCUGUCAACAGAUCAGAUCAUUCAGCCUGUCACCAGAGCAGAUCAUUCAGCCUGUCACCAGAUCAGAUCAUUCAGCCUGUCAACAGAUCAGAUCAUUCAGCCUGUCACCAGUUCAGAUCAUUAGCCAGUUAUCAGAUCAGAUCAUUCAGCCAGUCACCAGAUCAGAUCAUUCAGCCUGUCACCAGAUCAGAUCAUUCAGCCUGUCACCAGAUCAGAUCAUUCAGCCAGUCACCAGAGCAGAUCAUUCAGCCUGUCACCAGAUCAGAUCAUUCAGCCUGUCACCAGAUCAGAUCAUUAGCCAGUCAUCAGAUCAGAUCAUUCAGCCUGUCACCAGAUCAGAUCAUUCAGCCUGUCACCAGAUCAGAUCAUUAGCCAGUCAUCAGAUCAGAUCAUUCAGCCUGUCAUCAGAUCAGAUCAUUCAGCCUGUCACCAGAUCAGAUCAUUCAGCCAGUCACCAGAUGUUUUUAAAGAUGAAUUUUAAAAUACGUUAAUGUGAAAACAUGAUUUAAUGACAGGAACAUUUUUAUGAAUCAGUGAAUCACCGACAGGUUAAAAACAAUCUGAGGACAUUUUGUUCUUUAUUGAAUUUUAACAUUUUAUGUCACUUUAUCUCUCAUCAUCAUCAUCAUCAUCAUCAUCACCACCAUCAUCAUCAUCAUCACAGACAUGUUCACUGAGGUGGAGAUGGGACCGAGUUCAGAGUAAAAAUAAACCUCUCUGUCAUCAUCAUCAUCAUCAUCAUCACCACCAUCAUCACCACAGCUCAACAGCGCCCCCAGUGCUCCUCCUGGUGACCUGCAGCUCCUCUCACUCACUGAUGUUUCUGAGUUACACUGUUGUUUCUAUCGGCCAUCACACGCACAGCAGCCUCAGAGCCUCAGACCCGGAGCCUCAGACCCGGAGCCUCAGACCCGGAGCAGGGGGACUUAAAUCCGCCGAACAUCUCACUGUAUCACCGACAGACAGACAGACAGACAGACAGACAGCUGCUGCUGCUGAACGCAACACGACAUCUGAUCUUAUCUGGGUUAAAACAAACGUAAAACCUCCGCCUGCCCCGCUCAGGAUCAGACCAUCUUUAAAUCUGACAACAGACUAAACUCCUCCGAUAAAUCCUCGAGGAACGGAGCUUCUUCCAGGCGACACAUCCGGUACAGUCCCUAAUGGCAGAGCAUCUGUCCCAGAGUGAGCUCGACUAUCCCUUCAAACUGCUGGAGUAUUUCAACGGCUUCAGAGUGUCAAAGGUGAUAUUCUCAGCCUGUGAACUCGGAGUCUUCGACCUCCUGUUAAAGUCUCAGGAGCCGCUCAGCGCUCAACAUGUGGCUCAAGAGCUCAGAACCAGUGAGGACGGGAUGGAGAGGCUACUGGACGCACUGGUGGGCAUCGAGAUACUGGAGGUGGAGAACAUGGACGGGACAGCUGUGUACAGCAGUACAGACGUGGCAAACCUGUAUCUGGCCAAAGGAAGCAGCAAGUCUCUGCAUGACAUGAUCAUCUACCAAUCACAGACCAUCUACCCUCUGUGGAACAACAUGGUGGAUGCCGUCAGGGAGGGCAGGAACCAGAAUGAGAAGACCUUCGGCCUUCCUCCAGAGGAUGUCUUCCAGGCCAUCUACAGGUCAGAGGAGGAGAUGCUGAAGUUCAUGGGUCUGAUGAACUCUUCCUGGGUUCUAGAUGGACACGACAUCGUGACGGCGUUCAACCUCUCCUGCUUUCAGAACAUCAUUGAUCUGGGAGGAUGCACUGGGGCUCUGGCCCGUGAGAUGGUGAAGGCGUACCCGUCCUCCUCCGUCACAGUGUUUGACCUCCCGCAAGUGGUCGAGAUGGCCCAGAAACAUUUCUGUCAGGAGGACGACACCGUGCUCUUCCAGAGCGGAGAUUUCUUCAGUGGUGAGGUUCCUCCUGCUGACCUCUACGUUCUGGCCCGAAUCCUCCAUGACUGGCCUGAGGAGAAGUGUCUGACGCUGCUGAGGAAGAUCUACCACACUUGCAGGCCAGGUGGCGGCGUCCUGCUGGUGGAAGCCAUGCUGUUUGAGAACAGACGAGGGCCCGUCAUGACUCAGAUCUUCUCCCUCAACAUGCUGGUGCAGGCGGAGGGACGGGAGCGCCCGCCGUCCGAGUACACACGCAUCCUCAACAAGACCGGCUUCCACAACAUCCAGUUGUGCCGCACGGGCAAGUCUUACGAUGCCAUCCUGGCCAUCAGAUGAGCUGGAGACAGGUGGGAGAAGGAAGUGCUGGAGACAGGUGGGAGGAGUCUCAGAGGAAGUACAGGAACUUUUCAAAGACUUGAGAGGGUUUGUAGGACGACAUGAUCUGAUCAACUCUGAACACCAAAAUGUUUCCUGUGUCAGAGCUGACGGAGCUACAGUUUCCUUUGUGACGACACAUCAGCCUGUUUUUAUCGUAUCUCCCCGACAUAGACGUUUCUCUGGACCGAAGCUGCUGCAGGAAGUUUCUGAUCAGUGUCUGAAGCACAUCUGUGGAAACAAACAGAAACUCUUCAGGGUCAAAGAAAAAUUUUAGGAAAUACUCUGAUUCCAACUGACAGCCAGCAACACGUUAGCUUAGCUUAGCUCAGUUUUGCAUAACGACUGGAAACAGGUAGAAACAGUGAGCCUGGCUCCGUCUAAAAUCAGCCCACCACCCAGCCUACAUCUGUAUGUGGGGCCCUUAUAUGAGACUGUCCACAGGAUCCAUAUUGACCCCACACAGGUGUGUUCACCCAGGUAGGCUCCACGUCAGUACUGCUGGAGCUGCCUGGUAGCAACAGUGAUGGGCUCAAAAUGGACGUCUUCUCUGGGGCUCACCUGGGUAAACAAACCGAUGUGGGGUCAGUAUGGAGCCUUUGGACAGUCCCACACAGGGGCCCCUUAUUCAGCCCACAUACAGAUGUUGGCUGGGCUGCACAUCUAAACAAAACCCUCACAUUUUAUAUGUCUUUGUUAAUACACACAAAAACCAAAGUGUAAAAAUGUUGUCAGUUAUCUGAACAAGUUUAAAGAUGCACUGAUGAGACGGGGGGUCAGAGCAGUUGGGGGUUUGAUGCUUUGCUCUGAGGCACCUCAGCAGCCCCAGGAUCCUGAGCCGUCAGCUCUCUGGCUCCCAGUCCACAUCCAGUGUUUGGUCCAUUUAGGGACUUGAACUUGUGAGUCUCCUCAGACUGAGCUGCCGCCGCCCCGGGCUGUGAGCUUCCGACUGACCUCGUUUUAAAAAGAGAGGACGAUGAUUUACUGUGACGGGUUUGUUUUUGUGACUGAACUGAAUCAUGAUUCAUAUACACAGUCUGAUCUUUGUAACCAUCAUCACUGUCUGUGAAGCAGCAGAGACAGGGGAACUAAAAACCAACCAGAGUCUUUAUUUAAUAGCUUUUAAGAAACAGAGAUGUGUCUCAGCAUGAACUAAUCUCAGUGUACACACACUAGGCAGACCUGUGUGAUCCUGGUGCACAGACUGACCCAGGUGUGUCUGACCCUCUGUUAAUGACAGAUAUCUGUGAGACAGACAAAGAUGAAAAAGAGAAAAAGACAAUAUUAUAACCUAAAAUAAAUCCGACCUCACCAAACUAAAAUCUAAGAACCACAGAUUCACUCUUGAGUUUUUACACCUGUGUUCAGGUGAGACCCUCACCAGGGGCAGGAUGUCUUCAGGUUGUCUGUCCGUCUGUCCCAUUCUCGUCAACAGAUGUCAAGAACGGCUUGAGGGAGUUUCAUUCAAUUUGGCACAAAUGUCCACUCUGACUGUAGAAUGAACUGAUGAGAAUUUUCUAUCCAAAAGGUCAAAGGUCAGCUUGACUGUGACAUCAUCAUGUUUUAACGUCAUAUCUCAGGAACAGAAGAGGAGACAUUUGGUCAGAUACUGAAUUGGUGACUCUAAUCUUGAAACUGUGCUGAUUGUAUAGAUCUUCUGUGUGUGAAGCAUCCAUGUUUUCACUGACAUGGAUGGAGACUGUCAGAGACACUGGACUGGUGGGCGGAGUCAUACAACCACAGGGUGGACUGGUGGGCGGAGUCAUACAACCACAGGCUGGACUGGUGGGCGGGGUCAUACAACCACAGGGUGGACUGGUGGGCGGAGUCAUACAACCACAGGGUGGACUGGUGGGCGGAGUCAUACAACCACAGGUGGGCUGGUGGGCGGAGUCAUACAACCACAAGGUGGACUGGUGGGCGGGGUCAUACAACCACAGGGUGGACUGGUGGGCGGAGUCAUACAACCACAGGUGGGCUGGUGGGCGGGGUCAUACAACCACAGGGUGGGCUGGUGGGCGGAGUCAUACAACCACAGGGUGGACUGGUGGGCGGAGUCAUACAACCACAGGGUGGACUGGUGGGCGGAGUCAUACAACCACAGGGUGGACUGGUGGGCGGAGUCAUACAACCACAGGGUGGACUGGUGGGCGGAGUCAUACAACCACAGGGUGGACUGGUGGGCGGAGUCAUACAACCACAGGGUGGACUGGUGGGCGGGGUCAUACAACCACAGGGUGGACUGGUGGGCGGAGUCAUACAACCACAGGGUGGACUGGUGGGCGGAGUCAUACAACCACAGGGGCGGUGACUCUUGUUCAGUCCGAGUAAUGUUUUCAUGUGAUGGGUCACUGUGAUGAGGUCAGCGCUCUGCUUUAUGUUUAUCAGACUUUAACACUCCUCUGAAGAUUAAUUACAAACACUGAUUUAUAUCUGAGCUGACGAACACGUUGUGUGUUGUGAUGUUAUGUUUAAUGUGCGACUGUGUUGACUGUGAUGAGUUCAGGUUCCCUCUCAGACUGCAUGUAAAUCAGACACUCAGUUUGCCUCCACCAUCCCUCUGCUGUUGUUACAAAGAAGAAUCACUGCAGUGCUGUUGUUUUUAUUUAUUUAUUUAUGUUUGUUUGUUUGUUACAUUUCUGGAACAUCACGUGUUUACACAUAAUCUGAGCUCUGAUUGCGUACUGAUGAUGUCACAUCCUGAAUACAGAGCAGUGUGAGAGGAGCAGGAGACACUUUAGCGUUAGUGAUGUGUGUGACAGACGAGGUGUGAAUGAUUGUUUUGUGUCCUCUGACUGUUCCACGUCACCAGCAUGAAUCCUGCACAUUCAGUCACACACCGACGUCUUCUUUCUUCUUUGUAAAAGGUUCACGUUUCUAGAAAUGAAUAAUUAAAACUAUGCAUGUGUAGACGACCCCCAGGUGACUGAUUCUGACGAUGCAGCUCUGAUAUUGAUGCAGUUUUUCUCCACAUGUAACUUUACAUAUUAAACACUUUAUUAAAAACAAUCAGGAACAUA